AUGGCGUCCGAGAAGGGUCGUUAUCAGCCUUUGCGUGACCAGAGCUCUUUCUCCAGUGACGACGACGGGAUACAGGGCCAAGAUGGACCACCACAGUCACGGCCGUGGCAUCGACGGUUCUUCAUAUCGACCGUGGCCCUUUCGACAUUCUGCGUCAUCCUCCUUGCUGUCUCCUCCGCCCAGGCCUGGCGCAUCCUGAAGCUCGAGCGGCGUCUGGUCCACCCUCACACUCGCCUCUCCCUCGAGUAUAACAUCCCCCUCCUCGCCAACAACCACUCUGCCUUCGACUCGCCCUCCAGCGCCCUCUCAGACGCCGCCUGGGCCUCCAUAGAAGCCGGGCACGGCGACGUCCUCCUCACGCCAGCCGAGGCCGCCUCCCUCGGGCUGCCCCCAUCCUUCGCGCACCCCUUCCGCCCAGAGUUCCAGGUGUACAUCAUCGACGCCUACCACGCGAUGCACUGCCUCAAGGUCCUGCGCGACCACUACAUGCGCAUGUACCACGCGCACCGCUACGUCGGCGACUGGCCGCAGCUGGGGGACUGGCCCGUCGAGCACGACGAGCACUGCUUCGACAGCCUGCGGCAGCACGUCAUGUGCCACGCCGACGACACGCUGCUGUACAGCGCGGGCCACCACGACGCGGGCGUCCGGCAGACCAAGAUGUGUCGGAGCUGGGACGCGCUGCGGGAGUGGGCGAGCGGGCGGAACGCGCAGUGGAAGGACCAUAUUAACCCGAGGCCGGAGGGGGAGAUCUGGUGGGACUUUGAUGAUGGCGGCGAUGAUGGGCUGCCGCGGGGAGGGCUCUCGUGA